UGCUAAAUGAAUAAUGAUCAUCAGCACUAGUAGAGAAGAAUGCUCUCCACAAAUCCGCGAUCUUUUGAAUUUUAAUCCAGUUGAACGUUGAUCUUCUCAUCGGGCGGACGUGUUCAUAUUUUCAGAGCUGCAAAAUGCGCACCACACUCUUCUUGUUGAUUGCCCUGGCCAUGACCGCGGUGGUGUUGGCCAGUCCGGCCAAGGAGAAACCGACAAAGAAGGCUUGCGCAAAGGCGUGCUCGUUCGACUACACGCCGGUUUGCGGAGGCGUCAAGGACAGCAAGGAUAAGCCCAUUUCGUUUGGCAAUACGUGCGUCCUCGAAAACUACAACUGCGAGAACCAGAAAAGUUUGUCCGUUCUAUCUCAAGGUGAAUGCCCCGGAGGUGGUAGCGUUAGAUUGGCUUAAAUUUCGCGGUUGAUCACAGCUGCUGAAUCAUGACACGGACCUAGGCGAUGUGCAAAGAAACUCUUUGUGAUGUGAUGUUCUCGUU